GCCGCGCGAGUUGACUUACCAACCAUCUCUUCAUCAUCAUUAUUUGAUAUAAGAUUCCUUCCUUCCUUGUCGUAUUAUUCAAUCUCACACGGAACCUCACUUCUCCAUCCUCUUCCCUUUCGCAUCUCCGUCACAAAAGUCAACCAACAACCCUCUCGGACUCUACUUCCGGCCAUGCCCCGUCGACUAAACGACGGAGAUCAUGGCCGUUUCACCUCAACCGCUCUCCUUUUCAUCGGUCUGAUCUCGUGUCUCAUCGUCUACGCUGUCUUCUCUACUCUUCUCCGUCCCCAAGGACAAGAUCACACACUCGAUUCCGCCGUCCCGUCGCGAGAUCACUCCCGCGUAGAUGGCGGCGGGGGAGGGUGUUGCCGCGGAGUGGAUAAUCUUGAGCUGUGGGGUCCGGCGGUGAAGUGGGGGACGGAUUUCAAGUUUAAUUCGUCUGAUGAAUGUUGCAAGGCGUGUAAAGUUAUGUGUAGCGGCGAUGAUGGGCCUUGCUUGUGUGAUUCGUGGGUGUUCUGCGGGAGCAAAGAGGCUUGCGGGUCCAAGUUCGGAGAGUGUUGGUUGAAGAAGCAAAAAGAUGUGUUGGUGCCUGAUCGACAGCAAGGUGGAGAGAAAGUGAUGUGGACUUCUGGGCUUAUCUUCGGACAAGGCCAGGGCAUUGUUGGUUUUGAGACGGAACACGGUGUACUUCAUGUCAAACUUCACCCUGAGUGCGCUCCUCACUCAGUAUACUACAUUCUUAGCUUGUUAACUCUGCGCCACUGCGCUGGCUGCCAGUUUUAUCGGGCAGAGAAUCGAGGAUCACAUUGGGACUCACAAGGCAAUCAUAUAAACAAUGCUCCCUAUGGUCCACCAUACGCCAUAAUUCAAGGAAUACUCCAGCCCGAGGGAAACAUGUUCACGCCUAUCCCAACCGAGCAUUGCCCGACUAUAAGCCGUGGCUCUGUUGCGUGGGUCGGCUCAGGUCCAGAGUUCUUCAUCAGUCUAGCAAACCACCACGAAUGGAAGCAAUCUUACACUGUUUUCGGCUCUGUUUUGCCUGAAGACAUGGAGGUUGCUGAGAGGAUUGCCGGUUUACCAACAAGAACCGAUGUCUGGAACAGCGUUAAUGUCUCUGUGCUGGAGAAACCAGUGUCGUUAACCGUACGGAGAAUGAAAUCUGGCCAAGAACAAGAAGAAACCGGUUCGUGAAUAACCGGACAAUCUUUUUCUUAUUUGAUUUGAAAGUUUAAAAUAUCUCCCCUUUUAUUGUGCAUAAAAUAGAGAGACUACGGCAGAAAAAAGGCCCUAGAAUUUCUUUGAUUUUCUGGCCGUUUCUAAAUGAAAAUAUAUGGUUUACUUA